GGUGAGCAGACAGGUGAGGAGGGCGGUGUGUCCAUGCUGCUGAGGCCCGAAGAAGCAAAGUCACCAUGAGGAGACGAGCCCAUGCAACGGUGCUGCUCUUCAACAUGAUGAUGAUGAUGAUGAUGAUGAUGCUGUCUGUCGCUAUGGAAAACUCUGGUUGGUCCCCGCCGGGGAAGCCGGAGCUGCUGGGCUGCAGGUCUCCUGAGAAGGAGACGUUCACCUGCUGGUGGAAACCCUACUCUGACGGAGGGCCGCAGACCGAGCACCGCCUCUACUAUGAGAGAGAAGAUUUGGAGGGAGAGCACGAGUGUCCGGACUACCGCUCCGGAGGAAGCAACUCCUGCUUCUUCAACAAGACCUACACGUCCAUCUGGGUGGACUACCACCUGACAGUGGUGGCCUCCAGCGCCCUGGGAAAUGUCUCAUCAGACCCCCUGAAGAUCGAUGUGAUGGAAAUCAUAAAGCCGGAUGCUCCUGACAACGUCACGCUGCAGAUGGAGGAGAAAAAGAACAAUCCACGCCUGCAUGUCCGAUGGCAGCCUCCUUCCAACACCGACCCCAGGUCAGGCUGGGUCACCAUUAAGUAUCAACUGAGAAUCAAGCAGGACAGCAGCCACGAAUGGAACAAUUACACACUCGGUAAGCAAACCCACUUCAGCCUGUACAGCAUCAGUCCCGGGGCGGUGUACAGGGUUCAGGUGCGCUGUGCGCUGGAUCACGGCUCCUGGAGCGACUGGAGCAACACCACCUCCAAGACAAUCCCAGACUAUCUUCAGAGGGAGAGGCCCUUCUGGUUACUGCUUUCUGCUGUCUCUGUGGUUCCACUCUUUGCUAUGUUGUGUAUCGUGGUUAUCAAGGGAAAAGAUGUAAAGCAAUUCCUUCUGCCUCCUGUUCCUGGGCCAAAGAUAAGAGGAGUGGAUGUUCAGCUUCUUCAGAGUGGACAAGCUGAAGAUAUCAGUGCCUUGAUUUUCAAUGAGAAGUAUCCUCCAGUGGUGACCUGGAAGGACCAGAUGGAAGAGUACCUCAUCGUGUGUGACAAAGACAACAUGCCUCUGCUUGACCGCUCAAAUUCACUGAAAAGAAAGGACUGUGUGUCUAUUCCUCCCAGCUACUUAGAUAUAAAAGUACAAUGCAUGGACUCAAUCCACAGCCAAAAUGAUGUGAAAAAACUGAAUGGAAGCACAGAUGUAAAGGAUAAAUCUGGAAAAAGCACCAAGUGCACCUCAGGGGAGGGUUUACCCAGCAAGGAGCUGCCUCAUCUGCUGACUCCACAACAACAAAGUCUAUGGAUGAACAGAAAUUCAACAGAUCGACACAAGAGCGCUACUGAAAGCAUGAUCCAACCACUGUCCACCAGUAGUGGUUAUGUGGACCUUCAGAGAUGUGAAAGCUCACAGGAAAUGGGCGUCUUGCAGAAAUACUACAGCACCAUGGAAGAGGUUAACAGUGGCAAUAUUCUCGUGCUCCAAAAAGACAAUGUCCCUCUUAGUUUAGACAGUCGGAGAUGGGAGGACAAUAUACCAGAGGACUACAGCAGGGUGAAACAGGUGAACAGUGGAAAUGUGGUUUUCCUGCAGAAACAAAAUGACUUGGCUGACUCAUCAUGUGAGGAGAUGGAUAAUUUCUACUCUGCCAAUCAGAAGGCAACAAAUCCUCAGGUGACUGGACCGAGUAAAGGGGCUCUGUGCACAGACUCAAUCUGCCAUGGAUAUGUAGAUUCUAUGCCUGUACUGCCAUUAAUAUAAAGACAUCCACUGUAAAUACCAGUACCUCAAUCAACUCUGUAUUUGAUAUUAGUAUAUACUGGGUGCAUCAGCUGUAUCGAUAACUUCCUAACAGCCAGGUGUUCAUGGACAGAAAUAAAUGAGUGAAACAUUAGGCGAAUGAAGGACAAAUCUGUGUGUGAUAUAUUUAUUGUACAUAUUUAUUGUACACAGUCAUAAGACGGAAUAAAAAUGUGUGAUCCAACAAAACAGAUGCAACA